AUGUCUGGCAGGGAGGAAAAAGACAAAUGCAGUGCAUUUUUAUACCUGAUCGGUCAGGAUGGCCGAGAAGUGUUCAACACGAUGACAUUCGACGGUGACACGCGAGACAAAAUAGAACCGUUGUUUACAAAGUUUAAAGAGUACUGCCAACCGCACGAAAACACCAUCGUAUGGAGACACAAAUUUAACACAAAAGUUCAAGGAAAAGGAGAAACGAUUGACCAGUAUGUCACUGAACUUAGAACCAUCAGUAAAAACUGUCGAUUUGGUCUACUUACGGAUGAGCUGAUUCGCGAUAGAAUAGUAUGUGGUGUGAACAGCGAGAAACUGAAGGAAAGGCUACUCCGGGACGGGGAGUUAACCCUCAUUAGAGCAAUAACUACAUGCAGAGCGAGCGAGGAAAGUCAUCACAUGAUGAAAAACCUCCACGGGGAGGAGGUUGUAGCGAGUGUAAAGAAAAGUAGAGACUACAAGAAAACAUCGCACAAACCGACCCCGCAGUCAUCAAAACAAUACAAACGUGUGGAAACUCCGAGACACUCUAAUCUAUGUGGUCAGUGUGGGGGGCAACACAUGAAAGGGAACUGUCCAGCAUUCGGGAAAAAGUGUCUAAAGUGCCAGAAACUCAACCAUUUCACAAAGUGCUGCAGGACCAAAAACCCUGGUAGAGUGCACAAUGUUGAAAACAGUGCGCAGGAUGAAACUGACACUCUAUUCAUUGGAUCAGUCGAAUCAUCACCUAAACACGACACAGAGUUUGGGAGAGAUGAAGUGUUCGUUAACCUGAAGUUGUGUCAAGUAAGCGUGAAAUUCAAAGUUGACACUGGCUCACAAGCCAAUCUGAUUCCUCUCAAAACUGUGCAGAAAUUACGACCUACUGUCAAAGUGGAGAAGUCCAAGGUAACACUGACAAGCUACACAGGGGACAAGAUGUGUUAUACCGUACAAGGACAGUCAGUUAGAUUUCUAUGUCACCGACUCAACACAUACUCCGUUGCUCGGAUUAGGUCAUCGCAAGAUCUAGAAGUCAUCAAGGUCGUACUUACCACCAACACAGAAAGGAAAGAUCCUGUAGACAUGUACCCCAAACUGUUUGAGGGACUUGGCUGCCUAAAAGAAAGUUACAAAAUUCAAAUUGAUGAAUCCGUAACACCGGUGGUGAACGCUCCUAGAAACGUGCCAGCAGCGUUGAGAGACAGACUGAAGGACGCACUAAGUGAAAUGGAGAGAGACGGCAUUAUUGAAAAGGUUGACCAGCCCACCGAUUGGGUUAGCUCAUUAGUAGUGGUAGAGAAGCCCUCGGGCAAGUUAAGAGUGUGUUUGGAUCCACGUAAUUUGAACGUAGCCAUCAAGAGGGAACACUAUCAGUUACCUACCAUCGAGGACAUUGUGUCAAGGAUGUCCAAUGCCAAGUACUUCUCCAAAUUGGAUGCCAAUCGUGGAUACUGGCAGGUAGCGCUAGACAUGGAAAGUCAGAAGUUGACCACGUUCAACACGCCAUUUGGUCGAUACUGUUAUACAAGAAUGCCAUUUGGGAUUAAAUCCGCCCAGGAAGUAUUCCAAAAGCGGAUGAGUCAGCAUUUUGAUGGCAUUCAAGGGGUUGAGACAGACAUCGACGACAUACUAGUCUGGGGUGCGAGCCUCGAGGAACAUGACAGGAACCUUCAGAGAGCCCUAGAUAGGUGUCAGGAGAUUGGUCUCACGUUGAACAAGGAAAAAUGUAAAUUUCGUCAGACUGAGGUCAGCUACAUAGGACACCGGCUAACGCAACAGGGAGUACACCCUGAUCCAUCAAAAAUCGAAGCCGUGAAGGACAUGCCUCAACCAAUAGACAAGAAGGGUGUAGAAAGACUGUUAGGUUUUGUGAAUUACCUAUCAAAGUUCAUUCCGAACAUGUCCACCGUCACUGAGCCAAUCAGAAGAUUACUCAAGAGUGAUGUCGAGUUUGAGUGGGCCAAGCCACAGGAAGAGGCGUUCAAAGAGAUAAAAAAAAGAUCAUCACCAGGAAACCGGUACUGA